GGCCCGAGCGCGGCGGGCGGCCCCGGGGCCCCGGCCGGAGGAUGUCCGGGAAGCACUACAAGGGCCCCGAGGUCAGCUGCUGCAUCAAGUACUUCAUCUUCGGCUUCAACGUCAUCUUCUGGUUUUUGGGAAUAACGUUUCUUGGAAUUGGACUGUGGGCGUGGAAUGAGAAGGGCGUGCUGUCCAACAUCUCGUCCAUCACCGACCUCGGCGGCUUCGACCCCGUCUGGCUCUUCCUCGUGGUGGGAGGAGUGAUGUUCAUCCUGGGGUUCGCGGGGUGCAUCGGGGCCCUCCGGGAGAACACCUUCCUGCUCAAGUUCUUCUCCGUGUUCCUGGGCAUCAUCUUCUUCCUGGAGCUCACGGCCGGCGUCCUGGCGUUCGUCUUCAAAGACUGGAUCAAAGACCAGCUGUACUUCUUCAUCAACAACAACAUCCGCGCCUACCGCGACGACAUCGACCUGCAGAACCUCAUCGACUUCACCCAGGAGUAUUGGCAGUGCUGUGGGGCUUUUGGAGCUGAUGAUUGGAACCUAAAUAUUUACUUCAAUUGCACAGAUUCCAAUGCAAGUCGAGAGCGAUGUGGCGUGCCUUUCUCCUGCUGCACUAAAGACCCCGCAGAGGAUGUCAUCAACACGCAGUGCGGCUACGACGCCAGGCAGAAACCAGAGGUCGACCAGCAGAUCGUGAUCUACACGAAGGGCUGCGUGCCCCAGUUUGAGAAGUGGCUGCAGGACAACCUGACCAUCGUGGCCGGAAUUUUCAUAGGCAUCGCGCUGCUGCAGAUUUUCGGGAUCUGCCUGGCCCAGAACCUGGUGAGCGACAUAGAAGCCGUGCGGGCCAGCUGGUAGGGCCGGCGGCGGCCGCCGGAGACACUGCAGGCCGUGGCUGACCCCGCCGCGCCCCGGGCCGGCACCGAGCACCCGCGGUCCCGAGAGCUGCUGAGAACUUGUGCCGGGUCACCCGGGCCGCGCUGCUCAGGACCGUCUGGAAGAAGCCAGCAGCCCAGGCGGCUGCGCGUGACUCUCUGCUGUCGCCGCGCGUCUGCGAGCCCCGAGUCUCACCAAAAAAGAAGGAAGAGGAGGUGGGGGCCAGGGGCGCCCGAGCCGGCGGCCGGGGAAGGGCUGUGCUGCCCUCGCGCUCCCGCCUGAAGCAGCCUCUUCCGGACCCGCCCCCCGGGGCUGGGGGUGUUGGCUCCCCGGCGGCGUCCCCUGCAAGGGCCUGUCACAAGUGUCCCCCAAAGAAGGCACCGGCCUGCUGUGGCUCCAGCCCUCGCGAGCCCGAUCAGGCCGGGCGGGGGACUCGGCCGCUCCGCUGAGGAAGCCGCGCAUCCGGGCGCGCCGCCGGGCAGGGCGCGGCUCUCCUGCCGCGGGGUUGGCGCGGGACAGAGCUUGUUUCCAAGCAGGCCUGAGCGUCACUCGCCAGAGAGACCCCCGGAGGAGCGAGGCGGCUGAGGAGAUGCCGGCGACAGGCCCCUGGCCCCGGCCGCCCCGCCCGCGCGCCUCUGCGCUCCUCCGGGCCUCGCGCCGAGUCGGUGGAGGGGUUUCUUCUUGUGUUCUUCGUCUGCAGAAGCGAACGCGAUGGCUCGGUUUCUCCUGUCUUUCAAAGUGUUUCCUUACUCAGCUCGUGUGUUCGGUUGUGCGCCCUGCAUGACCUGUGGGCCUGCAGCCAGCUCCCCCGCCGCCCUCCGCCUGCAGACGCUCCGAGCCAUGGCGGGGCC